UUCAUCCUCCCUCCACCCCCGCAAACAGAACGGCAGGGGACUGGGUGGGAGGAGCAUGUCAGUCGGGUCGGGUCGGGGAACUGGCAUCCCCAGGUAGCACCCAGGCUCUGUCUCUCUCGGCACCUCUUCCGGAGCACUGUGUCUUGAGCUGGGGAGAAUAUGUGGUCACGGUGAUCAAACGUGCUGGCCGACUUGAACACUGCUGUGAUCGGGACACGUGGCCUUCUGAAGGCUACUUAGCUCCCAGCCCCAUGUACCCGUGGAACCUCGAGCAUGUAGCCGUGGGUGGGACGCGUUCCUGAGGCCACGGAUUUGUGCUUCCUUUGUUACCAUGGCAAAGGCCCCGUGGCAAGCCGUCUGUUCUCUUGUCUGUGGAUUUGGGCCGAUCUGGUUGGUGGGAGGCUGAUAAGCUCACGAUAGGGGUUCAUGGCACCCCUGAGACCCAGAUCAGGGUCAGGGUGGAAGCAGGUCAUCCUUCUGUUGCAUUCCUCGAUUGGCAAGAUAGAAGUAGGUGUUUGCUGCUGCUGGGUGGCCAGGCCCAAUGGGCCGCAGCAUCUAGAGCCCUGGGCACAUGUCCAGCAAGAGCUGUCAAGCCCGACCAUCCUCCUUCUGGUCCUGCUGUCCUCCUGUGAAGCAGGGCAUCCUACCUGGACACCCUCUGGAUCCAGGAAGUAAACUGUCGGGGUCAUACACGCCGCCCCCCCCCCGGACUAUGCAAGCAAGCAGCAGCCCUUGGUGGCAGGUCCACAUGCGAGCUGCCACGUCGUGGCGCUGGGCCUGGGAAUAGAAGACCUGCACCCUUGCGAGAAGCAGCACUGAAAGCAUUUGUGGCUGGCGUCUCUGGCAGGGCACUGACAGACCUGCACUGUGUUUCCAUGGAACCUGUUCUUCCCCUCGGCCUUGCACCUGAGUGUGACCAUGGCCUGGGCAUGCAAGCUAAUUUGUCCAGCUGCUGUGGUGCUUCCAGUGUGGCCCUGUUCCCCUAGGUAAACAGCUGAUCCCAAUUUGCUGGCAUUUUGGUUCAAUAAGAUUUUCACCAAAAUAGUGAAAUCUGAAGCUGAGCUUGCAAAGGUGCACAAAUCUAUCGUAAUGACUGUGUGGCAUUCGUCCCAGAGGAUGUGACCUGUGAUGCCGAAACUUGCCCCUGAAUUGCAAGGCCUGGGCCGCUUCUGUCCGUAAAAGAAGCAGUUUGCCUGGCCGGGCAGAAAAAGCCCAGGUGCCCACCUGCAGCUCAGAGGGAACCCUGGCAGGGCCGAGUGCGUCAGGGUGUGUUAGUCAUCUCCCACACCACUUGCUGCCCUUGGAAGCUCGGAGGCCCAGGUGCGUCCUGUUGUCCAUUCCUGGGGAGCACGGUAUCCCCGGGCCUUCCUGUCUUAAAGCCAACUCCAAAGGCCUCCAUCUUGGCCUCUCAGCAACACCAUCCACUGUCCACAGCCUCUGGUCAUCCUCUCCCUGGGUCCCUGUGACACUUGAGUGGGGCCUCUGACAAUGAUGACUGUCAGGGCUGAGACCUUUGUUUCACAAACUGGGUGCUGCUCCCAACUGGGCACCUCCAUCAUGUGGAAUCAAGGAGCUGCUUAGGCUAUGUGAGGUGUCCUCUGCCCUUCAGAGGUGAGCAUACUGCCCUUGAGCAGCUCCCAGACGAGGACGGCAGUAAGACCCUGUACCAGUCAGCUCAGUACAAAGUGCCGCAAGACAAGCAGCCCCAAGGCACAGUGACUAUUAGUGUUUCUUUCUUGCUUGUGUGUCUGAAGUCUGACUCAAAUCAGCUCCUCUGGGAUGGGCUGGACUAGAUCUGUCUCCAAACUGUAGGGAGGCCUUGGCGGUCUCUGUUUUGCCAUCAUUCUUGACCAAAAGAGAAGCAGAAAUCUGCUGUGUCUCCAAGGGCCAACGGUUGGAGCCAGAACUUUGUCAUUUCUGCUUCCAUUCUUUUAGCCAAAGCAAGAAUUGUGACUAUGCUCAGAGCCAAAGGAAAGAAAGAUCAGUCCCUCCUGGAACAGGGGGAGGAAGUGAAGUCAUCAGCGCUCACCAACACAGCUGGUGAAGUCUUGGGGACAGUCACACAGUCGUGCAUCCACCCCAGAACUGUACCCCAGUGCCAGUCAUGUCUGGAAGGCAGAACAGGUCACAGAGGAAGCCCCCAGCCCAGUCAGUGUCAUUACAGUUCAUAAUUGGGGAGCACGGUGUGGGGACUGUGAGCUGCCCUCUGAGGCAGAGCAGGACCACAGAGGUGACAGCCACCACGUGGAGAGGUGCACAGAGAGCAAGUGUUGAUGUCCAUGCAAACUGGGCCACCAGGGACGUGACAGAGGACAGCGAGAGGCCGGACUGCGGAGGUGCAUCUGGGUCCUUGUGGCUGAUGGCAGGUGAGCAGGAAGCCAGAGAGCACAGCUUGGUCAGGCUCAUGCCAGGGUCCCAGGAACAUGGCACAGUGACUUCUGGCCAGCCCUCACUGCCCCUUAGAGGCCCACAAUCCCAACACCACCUCCCUGGGGACCAAGCCUUCCACACAAGGCCCUGGGGACGCACACACACUCUGUCCAGGUGUAGUGAUGAACAUGGCCUUUGGGGGAAAACCACCCCAGUGCACUUCCUGAGCCUCCCAGUACCCACCCACCACCGGGCACCUCGGAUUCCAGGUUCUCUCCACUCUGUUCACCUUCUCCACCCCAUCUGGGGCACCAGUUUCCUGUCUUGUCACCCCCAUGGUGGCAGAGAGAAGUCAGCCUCCAUCUGGACUCCACUGGGCAUGGGUGUGGCCUCUUUAGCUGGAAGAAGUCAAGCUGGGACUUCGUGGUACAUAGCACCCCUGGGGUGCAAAGUCAGGACCUUGGAGCCAGGACUGAGCUCAGCCUCACUGGAGCAGCCUUGAAGCUUUCCCCAAACCCCAGCUCAGGACCCAUGUGACAGGAGAGGCUGCCGAGGUCCUGCCUGGAGAUGGUGGCCGUGUGAUGUCCAAGGAGCAGAUUUCCAGAACCUUCCAGCCACGUGUACUUCCUGGCAGCACAGGAUAUACCAAUGAGGGGCCCAGCAACCUCACGUGCUGGGGGACCCCUCAGCAGACCCCUGCUGCUUUGCUGUGGAUGGCAGUCACUUGCUUUGGGGACCCCUGCCAGCCCACCACAGGCACGGAUUGGAAUGGAGUAAACUCUGUCCCACACACUCGGAUAACGAAUAGCACAGCUGAACUCUUUCUACCUGUGGCUGAGAGGAGUGCACCCCCACACCCUCUGGCUGCACCCCUACCCGGCCUGCCAGCAGUUGGCAGUGCCAGGCUGCACAGCGGAACUUGCUGCCCGAGCUUUCAGGGGAAGCGGAGCUUGUGAAUAAUUCAGCCUCUCGCUUAGACGAAAACGCCCUAAUAGAGCUAAUGGACUCGCCGCCUCCAGAGUGGACCCUUGUGGGACUCGGCUCGCUCACCGAUUGCCUCUGACGUUCUGCAGCGACACUCCCAACGACACGGUCACUGCCGCCGCCGCCACCACAGCCUCACAUCCCUAAUAACCAGCAGCCACCCCCAGAGGCAGCACUUCCCGUCUGGACAGCAACAGCUCGCAGGCCGGCCGGCACCAUGUUGUCCAUGACAUACAGCGAGAGCCUGCGGAGCGUGAGCAGCAGGUGCCACUCGGACUGGGCCCUGCACCCCGUCCGCCAGACGGACACCCUGGAGCUGCAGCGGCUGCGGGAGGUGCGGGCGGCUGCCCAGGCCAGGAACAUGGAGAGCUUCCUCCGCAUGCACGGCCUCUCCCUGGACAGCUGCACCGCCCAGCGCACAGGCAUGAAGUAUCGGUAAGGGCCGGGCGUGGGGAGAGGGCAGGCGGUCACCCCGCACGCAGAAGCCCUGCCACGGGGUGCUGCCGAGCACAGGGUGCAGCCUGCAGAACACUGCUCACAGUGUGUUGUGCAAGGGUGAAGCUUGAAGUCUGCUGCAGUAGAACACACGAUGGCAUCCGUCCCCUUCUGUCCAACCGACUUAGCCCAUCAUCCUGGCCACUUUCAGAACAGCUCUGGAAGUCCUCUCUCACGAGUGUCUUCAGUUUCGCCAUCACAGCUGCCCCCACGUCUUGAAUCAUUUCAAAACAUCGGCCUGCCGUGGUCUCUUUGACUUUGGGGGAACGAGCCAGAAUCACAUGAUGCCAGAAUCCGUGAAUGAAGUGGGUGAGGUCACAGCGCCGUGCUUCUAGCAGCCUGCCCCCGACACAGGCUGGGAUGGCAUUCGGCAGUGGAAGCAACCACUGCGUUUUUGGUCACAACUCUCAGAGACCUGAUGGAGGACUUCCAGAGCUGCUUCAGACAGCGGCGAGAAGGAUGGGAGAAGGGCAUUUGAAGGAGAGGCAGGGUUCUGGGGGACAUUAGCAGUAUGCCCCUCGCUGUCAUAAUUUCCUAAAUUUAAAAUUCAUACAUUUUGAUCUCCCAUGUAUUUUGGGGUAAAUAUUUUGAAAAUCCCAGCCGCGUAAAAAUGUAUCAAGGAAAAGAACCCAAACCUGCCAUUGUCCUAGCUUUCCAAAGACAGCAGUUAAGUGUUUGAUGUUUUCAAGCUGGGCAUGGUGGGACAUGUCUGUAAUCCCAGCACUCUGGAGGCUGAGGCAGGAGAAUCAUUGCAAGUUGGAGACCAGCCUGGGUUACAAAGUGAGCUCGAGGCCAGCCUGAACUGAAAAAAAAGGAAGGGGGUGUCUCUUGCAGCUUCACUGGAACAAAUUGGUCCUUAGGCAUUAACUGAAUAUUAAUUAGUGAAGUCACCAAAUCAUCAUCUCUAAUAACAAAUCCAUUCUGGCAUCAGGAACCCAGGUGGGAUUCUGGGGUCGACGCCACCUUUUCCUCCUUUAUGUCCUUGGAUAGGGCUGUCUCUGAAGAAGAUGGUUUCCAGCUGAUAUCUUGAAUAUCACUAGCACCAGACUGUAAUCAUGCAAAAGAUACAAAUUACAUGUCCGGCUUGUCCAGGUCAUGGGCAUGAAGUCCAACUCUUUGAAAUCUCAAGAAGACAAUUUGGGUUCAGCACCAAGGACAGCGCUCCCGUCAGCCACCUCUCCCCUGACCCAAAGGCUCCAGGGUCAGCUGUUUAUAAAUCCUCUAGGUUACAAAUAUGCAGCUCUGCCUCAUAUGUCUUUGGGGACAAACCCAUGUCAGAGCCAGUUGGCCAAAGGGGGCCACGCUUAGCCUGUCUUUGUAGGGUCACCAGAUACAAAUGGGAAUUUUAGAUAGACGGUGAACACUCUUUCAGCAUAAACACAGCCCCCGUGGUAUCGGGGGGAGGACAGGUACACUACGAAGUUAUUCAUUGCUUAUGUGAAGCUCAACUUUAACCAGCACCCAUGGUUUAUUGAGCAACCUGAAGCUGAGGCUUCCCUCGGACAGCACCCCAGGGGUUCACCAGCUGCCCCUCGAGGAGUCACUGGACUCUGGCCCCGUGCCUCUGGGUGGUCUCUCCAGUGGAAAGUGUCUUUUGUCCUUCAACUCAUUGUUUGAACAUGCAAGAAACAAAACACUUCUUGCAUAAGUCCAUUAGAUGGCAGAAUUCUUAAGGUUUUGCAUCCUAAAUCCAGCUGCAAGAAAGAAUGUUCAUCCAGUGUGACCACAGUGGACUCUCAUUUCUGAUGGAAAUUUCUCAAGAGGGCAGCUGUGCACUGUUUCAUUGCGUUCCAACAAGCCAGCGACACCAUGCCUCCUCCCAGCAAAUGUUCCUGGAGAGGCCACUUGGCCCCAAGGCUUAGGCUCGACCCCAGAGAUGCUGCCUGAAUACAGCCACCAAGGUCCCACCCUGGUGGCCCCUACAUUGUGGUGCGGGGGAGACAGAGAGAAAGCAAGCACCCCCAAAAACGCAUUUGAGGAGCAUCACCUGUCCCAAGGCACGAAGCAGGAUCAUGUGAUAGGAGAGGUCGGGUGACAGGAUGAUGGGGAGGGGGGGAAGAGGUGACAUAAGAACUGAGGUGCUGGCCAGGCAGUGAGAGGCUGUGGGCAGACAUGGGGUCACUCUUGCUGGAGGAGACGAGAGAGAGCCCAAGUGGCUGAGCAGGCACAGGGGACAGAGUGUGUCCGUUGAUGAGCGGGGAGGGGCAGACUGUAGCUUCCAGACUCUGCAGGGAAGGCUGUGGCUCCCUGUGGUGUGGGUAGGACUUGCGAUGGCAGGGGUGGUGGCUCAGGUCUCAUCCCUCAAAAUGUUAAUGCACCUCGAAUGUUGGAUACAUUGUUAACGGAAACAGUCUUUGCAGAUGUAAUGAGACAGGACAAGGUCACGUUGCAUUAGGGUAGCAACUAAAUCCUCUGCCUGACAUCCAGGCCGUGACAAGGACUAUAAUGAUAGUACUCAGAGGUAGACCUGCCCAAUACCGGCCGUGGGUUCAAUUCCCAGUGCUAGAGGAAGCGGAUGAAGGGGGAGAGGUGGGGAGGGGAGGAAGAAAGAAAGGAACUACCCAGAGUGUGGCACUGCCUGACCACCGCCUCGCUGCCAGCGCUGACCGCCUCCCCUCUGCUCUGCACGGUCAUCUAGUCCAGCCUGCCCGCCCGGAUCCUUCCCUCCAAAUCUCCACCCUCGGUCUGUACUUCCUGCUCCCUCUGCCUGGCAGGGGCUCCCCGGAUUUCCUCCUUCCCAUCAUUUGUACUGUGGCUUGGCCUGCACAGAGACCUGAGCACGCCAUCAGAACAAGCUCCUACCAGGCAUCCUCAGACCCCUCCCUGCCCCAUGCUGUCCUCUCCCUGCUCCUCACGAGCGCCCCGUGCAUCCCAAGCCACUCCAGGUAGUCGGGAUGGUGCGGGCGGCCUUGGUCCUCAUCCGCCCCCCGACUCUACCUCUCCUUCCCACUGCUCCCCUAGAGGGGCAGGGGGAGCCAGAAGCCACCUGCUGGUAUAGUGAGAGGGCCCAGGGUCCCUCAGGAUUUGGGGUUCAAGCUCACAUUCCCAUCCCACCAGGGCACCGCUGAGGCCGGCCUCAGGCUGGGCUUAACCUCUCUGGUGAGGUUGUCCAGUGUCCCAGGGGGUAUGUUGAGGCAAGACUGCAGUGAGGAGCCCACGGCUGAAGCACCCAGCAGGGUCUAGCCGGGAGCCAUGGGGACCUCAGCGGCCCUCACCCUGUGGCCGGCGGCCAGGCACAGGGGAGCGGCUGGCCCUUUCUUGGUGUCAUUUUGUGUUCGUCAUCCCACGGUCAUAUAGUUCAAAGAAAAACUGGGUGCUUGUUUUCCCAAUUGAAAGAACAAUGUAUUCUUUGAUUAAAAAAUAAGACGUUGGAAAACAGCCCCAUUGGUGGUGUCACGGGUAAUCCUGGCGCCUGGAAGCCCAUGUAGGGAGGAGGACGGCACGUUUGAACCCAGCCAGGGCCACUGAGCCACGUAAGACCUUGCCUCAAAUUUUUUUAAAAGGGGCUGGUUGUGGCCCAGUGUGAAGCCCUAGGUUUAAUCUCCAGUACGGGGUGGGGGUGGGGGCAUUGGAAGUGCCCCCCAUGUCGCCCCUCUCCAUGCCGGCUGGGAGCUCUGGGUGCCGAGCAGCCUCCUCUGGGGCUGGGUGUGUCUGCAGAGGCCCCUGUGUCCCCUCCCUGUGACUCACUGUCUCCUGCUUAUUGGACAGUCUGCUCUGCCUUGUCCGAAUGAGCGACCUUGAGCCAUUGCUGACCCGGGACCCUCACUAAGGCACAAUGGGCUCCCAGUGCCCAGCGCUGUUGACAUUUGGCUGGAUAAUUUCUUCUGCGGGAAAAUUAUUCGUGUGUUCUCCUCCUCCCAAUGGUGGCUGCCGCCUAGGAAAGGGCCCGAGCCGAGCUCACCUGCUGGGGGGCCUGGCCAGGAGCAGCUGCACCUCGUGUUUUAUUCUGAUUUCCACUGAAGAGGGGAGCUCACUGGUGCCGAGGGGGCUUCCAGCGUCCCUAAAAUGUCUCCCCUGGGUUCUCCGAGAACCACGGAUACAACAGCAAAUGCCAUUCCCCCAGAAACGCGCACUCCCCCGCAGUUUCCGUGUCCCUCUGUGUGGUCAGGGGUGUCGCCGAGUCUUCCAUUGGCCCCUUGGUCCACUGGUCCAGUGUUACAGAAAGGCCUCUGGGUGCCUGAGUGUGGGAGACACCAAGGUGCCACAGCCAGUGACUCCCAGCCUCUGGGCUCCCCUGGGCGCAGCGGGGUAGAGAAGGGGGGUGACUUGUGCAUGAGCCGGUGCGGAAGGAGACUGGGAGGCAGAGGGUGAGAUCCAGUGGCUCUGGCGGGAGAGGCUGGGCAAGGGUUGGCUUCACUGCAAUGUGAUUCUCGCCACACAGAGCUCUGCCUUAAAGUGGACGGUUCAACAGUGCUCCAGCCAAGGGACAUUUUCAUCACCCGUCCCCUUUAUUGAUCACGUUACACCCUCCCCGCCCCGGGAGACAUACACCUGCUUCCCGCCCCUCAGGGUUUAUCUGGCCUUAGUGCUCUGUGCAAAUGAAAUUGUGUGACAUGGUCUUUCAUGGGGCGCGGUUGCCAGGUUUGUCUACAUCCUUGGGUGUGUUAGGGCUGGAACCUUUGGAGGGUUCGGCCAUGUUCCGUUGUGUGCGUGGACCACGUGUUGUUUAUCUGUUGCCAGCUGAUGGGCGUUUGAGCUGUCCCCACUUUGGGGCUGUGAGAAUAACACUGCUGUGGACAUUGGUGUUCAGGGUUGGCGGGGGCUCAUGCUUGAGCUUCCCUGGGUCGGUGUCUGGGCGUGGGAUCGUUGGAUAUGCAAUGGGUGGAUGACAUUUUACACGUGAGGACUCUGACACUUCUGAUGUCCCUGAAUCCAGCCUGCUUACCGUACGUCCUGUAAUUACGGGUGACCCUCAAACCACAAGGAGGCCCCAGCCCUUGUGAGACCCCCAGGUUAGCAGCACACAGAGGGGUGUGCAUGGAAAUGGGAGGUGGGGCCUGGAAGAGACCAAAGGCAGAAUCUGGCCACACAUGGUCCUUUGAUAGGUCUGCGACACAGGAAAGGCAGGGCCUUGCAGUCCUGGGGUCCUGGGCUCACCUGCAGGACAGGCUGAGCUGCGUGGGGAUUGGUGCUGGUCCCCAGAAGCCCCCGAACACACACUGGCCUCCUCAGGUUGCACAGUGACCUUCCAGGGCAGCCUGGGCCAAAGCUGGUGUUUGUCCCCCCAGCGCUCUGUGGCCAGGUCCCACCCCAAAUGCUGGCUCCUCCUGGGGCCAUAUCAGUGAUGCUCUGGGAUGCUCUGGGAGCCAUUCAUGCUGCCCAGGGAGCAGGAGCCCCACUCUGAGCCCCAUCAGACAACCAUGCCUUUGUGCUGUGGGAUUGUUAGAAUGCAUAUUUAUGGGCUGUUUGUUGUUUUGUUUUGUUUUGUUUGGAGAUGAGGGAGAGGGGGUUGAGACAGGGUCUCACUGUGUAGUCCAGACUGGCCUCAAACUUGCGGGGAUCCUUCUGCCUCAGCCUCCCAGUGAUGGGAUCCCAGACUGCCGCCAUGCCCAGCUUUGUGGUUCAUGUUAUUCCAGACUGCUCAACCCAGGACUAACUCCAGUCUGCCCUGGGGCACACACGGCUUUGUGAUCUGCGUUUUGCAGGGGAGUAGUUAAAAGCAGAGGCUGCCAGGCUGGUACACAAGGAGACUCAGACCCGAGCAGGAGUCAAAAGGCAGGGCAUCAUGGUGGCUCCUUUCCUGGGUCCCAUUGGGAGCAGAGGGAUCCAGUAGGUGCAGUGCCAUGCCCCUGGCUUUCUUAGUGCAGACCCAGAGAAAGCCAGCCUCUUGCUGCGGUCACUAAGCCCUGUCCUGUGCUCUGUCUCAGCCCCCGCUGGCAGGGCUGGAGGGACCUGGAGUCAGAUGCAGCCGGAGCCCACCCAGCAGCCCCCCUGUUGUUCACUCACCCAUACACACAUGCAUUCAUCCUGCGUUCAGCAGGACUCUCAGAUCCCGCUAGGAGUCCUCCUCCAAGGGGGGGAGCUGCUCUGUCCUUUUGUCCCUUGGACUCCUGGGUUUCUGUCCUGGGCUGUCCCUGUCACUGUCAUCAAGCCAGGGUGGGCUUCUCUCCAUGGCCUCCGGGCUUGGCUUCUCCCCAUGCCAGGCAGAGCAGGGCUCUUGCUCCCAGGGGAGGCUCUGCCCGCUCCGGCCUCGGGGGCCAGCGGGGCAGGCGGCUCUGCAUCCUGCGUCAUUAAUAAUGAAUCUCCAUCGGCUGCCUGUGCCGCUGGCCACCUCCCCGCCUCGGCAGGAGCCCGUGUGAGAGGCUCUCGGGAAGCUAGAGAGCAGCUGCUCCCUGCGACCUCUGGCCAGGAGCAGCAGCUACUUCAGGCCCCCCAGGCCCAGGCCGCCUCCCUGCUCUAGCUCGGGCUCAGGAAGGAAGCGCCCAGAGCGGCCUCCUCCUCCUGCCGAGGACCGUGGUUGCUCACCAGCUUGGAGGUGCUCCCAGCCUUGUCCUGCCCAGCACUUCUGAAGGCUGUGGGGGACUUUGCAGCCAGAGCCAGGGCUGAGUGGGGACAGAGAAGGCCCGGCUGAGAAGGACAAUGGGAAGUGACCCCUGGCCCCCAUCCUGGACUCCUCCUGGAUGAGGUCUUCUCUGUCUGCGUCUGGAAAUUUGAUGCUCUGCGCUGGGCAGGAGACUGCAUGGGCGUUUUCUCCAUCAUCGUCUUCAGAAACCCUUGCUCCUGAGAGGACACCUGGCUGCCUCUUCGUGCCUCCUGAGUAGCUGAGACAUGCAGGUCUCCUUCGCAUGCUCAGAACACAGCCUCAAGGCCCGGGGCCCCGAGGAGCGACUCAACCGGCCAGCGGCCAGCAGCCCCAGCCCGGGCACCCGUGGCCGCUUCCGCACAGUGGCCAUGGUGGCCCGGAGUCUGGGGCAGCUCUCGGUGCAGAGCGCCCCGGGCACCAGCAAUACCAGCACGCAGCAGGCCGGGAUGAAAUAUAGGUACGGGGUACCAGAUGCGCAGGGCGGGGUGCCGGGAAGCGAGGAGCUCCCUCAGGCUGCUGGCCAUGGCUGAGCCCUCAGUGGACCUAAGAAGCAGAGCACGGACUCCUGAGAGCCCCAGUCUCUUUGCAGCUGUGGGGGGAGCCGUGUGAAUCACCCCUAUUCCUUCCCCUGCUUUUGUUUCUUUUGGGGGAACCUUCGUUUAUGGCAGCCAGGGCCCCCCCCAUGUUAAACUCCGCACUGCCUGCUCUUUCUGGGGAUCCCACCCGCCGGCCGCAAGCCCCAGAUGCCCCGUGGGUAGCAUCUGGUCUCGGCAGAGGCCUCAGUAACACUCCUGAGUGCCAGGGGUGGGAGCGGGCAGCUGACCCAUGCAGCAGAAGUGACUGCCCCUCCCUAGCAGACCCAAGUUCCUCCAGCAAGGAGUCUUGCUCAAGUGGGCACAGGGUAGCCAGGCAGUGCCCUGAGUUUUCCUGCAAUGGUCUCCAGGCUGUCUGGUUUCUGUCCCCGCUCCCGGUCCUGUGACUGGUGUGUGGAGAGGGUCUGAGCGUCUGGGGCAGGGUCUGCCUGCCCUGCCUGUGUCCCCGAGCUGCCCCCUGGCCUUGUUCAUGUGCUCCGGGGAUGGGAGAAGGGUCCUGGCUUGGCAGGAAGGGGUCUGGGGUAGGGCAAGGACAGCCGCUGGUCUCUGGCCUCCUCGCCCCAUGGGAGAUCCUGACCGCUGGGUCUUCUUGCCCUGAGGAGAUGCUCCAGGGAGCAAGGGGUCUCUGCUACUUGAGGCUGCACAGAUGCAAAAGAAGUGGGGGACUCUGGGCCCUGGGAUAUCGGAACAGUUGAGGUACAGAUGGUCCUGCUCAUGUCAGAGGAGGGCAGUCAGGGUUUGUAGAUGAUGUUGGUGCCAACUUCGGAAGCCCCGGAGAUUCCCCAAGAGUGGAGGUGGGCAGCUCCUGCCUCCCCAGAACCAACACGGGAAGAUGAGCAAGUGGAAAGGGACCCUGUCCCCACGCCUGGCACCCCUCAGGUGACUGCAGGUUGAACUGGGGUCCUGCGUCUGCACACAUCACUACUGUCCCCAGUAAGGGGAGGCUUGGUGCUCCUUGGCUGAAGGAUUGAGUCCCGGUGCCCUAGGCCCAGUGGGGACAGCCCAGAGUGGACUUCCUAACCUAGAAGCACCGGGGUUUGUAUCUGUUGGCAAGUGGGGUCAAAAAUCGAAUGUGUGCGUACUUUUCUGUGUCCGAAUUCUGUGCCUGCUGCGCCUUUUGAGUCCAUCCGAGGUCCAUCAGAGGACCACGCCAUGUGGCCCUAUGUAAACAGAACAUGUGACCUUACUGUGGUCCCUGCCAUGGCUCCUUAGAGAGCGGGUCUCCAGGAGCCAGUGUGUGCAGGGUGACCAUGUGUCCACAUGUGCACAUUUGGGUCCCUGCACGUGUAAGCACCUGCAUGUCCCCAUAUGGGGGUGACCACUCUGCACGUACAUGUGGGAGGCAGGGAGGGCACUGGAGGCUUCCCACUGUGGGGACCUGGGUUUGAGCCUGGGCCAGCUCUGCUCGGCAAGCUUGUUUUGGGGAGUUGGUGGAGCAGGGUGGCUGCGUCAUCUCUAAAUGGCCAAAACAGGAGUGGGAGCCCAAACCCAGACCCUUCAGCCCUGGCCAAGCCCUCUCUCUCCUGCCCCCAAGGGUGUCCCCUCAUCUACCCCAGGCACAGCCAGGGUACAGUGGGACUGCAGUACCCAAGGGUGAUCCUGACCCCAACACCCACACCCCCUCUCCUGGAAGCUUUGGAGAACCAGAGAUGGCUGAUUCUCAGUCCCACACUCUCCACAGGGCCCAAGAGUGCCCAGAGCAGGGACCAGGUCAGGGCAGCCCAGCCCAGGAGCAAGCUGAGUGGGCAUCCUAUCCCCAGGGCUGGCCCGGGCUGGGCUCCUCCUCCCCUUACACCAGCAUCAUCCCAGAAUGACCUCCGCUGCAGCUGGAUGCCAGACCUGACUUCUGGGAGCUUGGUAUUUGCAGCAGAGCAGACCAGGAAAUGGUCAGCGUCCCCCAGCAUGUGUGUAGGCAGAGCUUGGGGGGAAGCACCUGCCGCCUCACUCCCCGGCCAGCACCGGGGCAGUGGCACCUUCCCUCCCACCACGAUUUUGUCCUCUGUCCAGGUGGCUAAAAUGAGCAGCCGAGAGCUCUAUUUAAAAGGAUCCGUAAUCCCCUGGCACCUCCUAGCCCUGACUCUGCCCUCGGGGCUCAGGGGUGCGAGGUGUCCCCUAGUAGCACUGGCACUUUCCCGUGUGUGCGUCCUCCCUGGCCAUUUCCCCGGGUCCUGGGAGAGACACAGAUACACUAACGAGGAGCAACAGGAUUCAGGUUUAUCGGUACUGACCGAAUAGCUUAUCACUGUCCAGCUUCAGUUAGCGGAGAGAAAUGCAUCGGAAACGGUUCUCACGGCUGGAGUUUCGAGCGGCCCCAUGGCUGCAGCUGCUGUCCGGCGCAGCCCGUGGCUGUGGCCUCCUCAGCCCCGCCAAGCUGUCACACCGAUAACGCGCCCGGCCUGGGGCUCCCUGUCCCUUCCCAUCCCUUCUGCCUGGGCUGACGGCGGAUGGCAGAACUAAUACGAUCACUUCGUCGGGGAAGCCGGCGGGGACAGUCGGCGGCGUCUUGGAGUGCCCUAGUUUUGCUAAAUUACUCCUGUGGGCAGUGGCGGAGAGAGGCCAUCAAAGAACUGAGCCCCGGGGUCCCUGGCCAGGCACAGGGACUCAGAGCCCUCUCGGGAAAGCGGGUUCCUUUCGUGUCAGCCCGGAACUGACCAGAGGUCGGGGGCAGCAGCAGCGUUUGCCGCAGGUCCCCAAACGGCAGGGCGGUGGCGUCCACGCUUCUGCCCUCCCUUCACAUCCUCGCCUGCCCGCUGCUGAAGCUGCUCCGCCCUUACUAGCAGUGGGCUCUGAUGUUUUGGGGGCUUCUCUGGCUGACAGGCCUAACCCUGACCUCGCAACCCAGCCUGGCAGCACCUCGCUCUCCACUUUCUGUCACGCAGGUGGCUUUGCAUGGUGAGGGCCACAGCUCCCUUUGGCUGCCAAGAUCUGACCAGACUGGUGCACGGUGGGGCAAAGGGCUCUGCCAGUGUUUGCCAAAGGGGGCUCUGAGCCUGCAGCCAAGGGUACCGCUGAUCCGAGUCUGCAGUCCUUUGGGUCAGUCAUCAAACCUUCCAAGCAAACACUCACCUUUCCCUCCACGGCUACUUCCUCCUGGCCAGCACAGGGGAGGGGACACAGAUUCCCGUAGGCCUGGCUCGUGCGGGACUUGCCAGUGACACGGUGGUGCCUUUCUCUCCACGUGCCAAGGGACUGUUGGACGAGUUCACGGUGUAUAAGAGGAGGACGUUUCCCUCUCCAUGUCUCUGUCCCUCUCUCUCCCCAUCUCUCCCUCUCUCAGUUUUUCAGCUCUAGGGAUUGAACUCAGAGCCUUCACUCUGAGCUACAUCCCCAGCCUGUUUAUCAUUGUUGUUAUUAUUAUUAUUGUUUAUCUUGCCUUUUUAUUUAUUAUUUUGGGACUAAGUCACUAGGAGAAGGCUGGGUUGGUGCCUAAGAGCCACAGUUGGCUCCCGCCUGCACCGUCUGUCCCGGGCACCAGACAGACCACCAAUCUUCAGCAGAUGGCUGCCACCUCUGUGGCAUUCUAAAGCCGCUCGUGACAUCUUAGGCCCAUGUGUGGGGCUCUGGCAUGCACCCCGUCAGGCGGGGCCUCUGGGGGCCCAGCACAGGGCCCAGGCAGCACCUGGUGAGGGCUUCCACUGCCAGGUCUGCCCAGGGGUGAGACCUGGAGCAGCCUGUGGGCUCCAGUGUCCUUCCACGGCCAUCAGCCUCAAGGAGGGAUGGGGACAGGGCCCAGCCAGUGGCCCCCUCACCCGUCCUCGGAGGAGAGGCCUCUCUGAUGGUGCUCUGUGCAUUGUGGCCUCAAGACAUGCAGUGACCAUGGUGGGAGUGGGCAGGGCUGGCACCAACCAUGGGGUAAGCCUGGCUGGUGGCACUGUGCCUGGGCACUAGAACUCAGGCUGU